UGGCGGCUUUUGGCGAAUUUGGCGAUACGGUACCGGUAUAGUUCUGUUGCUGCAGUUUUGGGUGAAGGGGAAGCGGUAAAUUCGAAGAUGACGCUCACGAUAACCGAGGCUUGGAUUCGAGAUAGAGUUCAAUUAACUCAUGAUAAUUUAGAGGAUGUGCGAUCACUGUUGUUACCCGGUACGUAUCAAGAGAAGAUAGGCGGCCUUGGAAAUGCGCUCUCCAGCUUUAUUCGACUCAAGCACAUCGAUCUAUCUCGUAAUGCACUGCAGAGUCUACAAGGCUUACACCACCUUAAAGCUCUUGAGAAGCUAAAUCUCUAUUACAAUAACAUCAGCAGUAUUCAAGAGCUGAAGAGACUGAGACACAACACUAGUCUCCAGGAAAUAGACCUUCGGUUGAACCCUGUAACAAAGAAUGAACCCGAUUACAGACUCUAUCUGGUUCAUAUGCUACCCAAUCUCAGGAAAUUAGAUGAUAGAUCAGUGCGAGAAUCUGAAAGGAAGACGGCGCUUCUUCACUUUGAUACAGAUCAGGCAAUGAGUAUGACAGAGCAUACCGCACCACAAGGGUUAGAGCCUCUGAGGGGAGAGCUACCCAGAACAAAGCAUGUCAGAGGACUGGGAGGAAGGACAGCCAUAGAAGAAGAUGACAGUGACCUACUUGACCUUUUGUCCAGAACCAAUGGUGACCUUUCGCGACCUCGUCCUGUCACAGGCUCCAAUGUGACCAACCCUUCUGUGGAUGUGCAGCUUACACAAGAUUACCAGAGAGGGUACAGUCAGAUAACACCUCCCCGAAGGAAAGCAGAAUCCAGUCCAUCUAAUCGUGGAGUUGAGAGGGAUAGAAGCUUGUAUCAGACUGACACUGAAACAGUUUUACCGGAAUUAACCAUAGACUCCUUGCUACCAUUGAACACUUCCGCUGCAAGUGAUUCCACCGGUAGUCUCUUAGGUGCAGACCCCCUUGAUCAGCUUAAUGAUUUUAAUCUCAGUACGGGACUAUCUCCUCUUAGACUACCCGAUGCACCUCUUUUGCACGAAGACCCACUAACCUUGCAUGAUGACCUGUCAUCCCAAACUGAUACUAAUUCCGUUGUAGAUGAUCUUACAAAAUAUUCUGACCUCUGGCAGCCAUCAAAUUCACUUCUAGAAGAGAGGAAAGCAUUUGAACAGGAACACAUGGACCUAUUGUCACCAACAGACACCAAUAGCUUAAUAAAUGGAGAUGUCGCUAAUUUGGGAAAAGGCAGACUCUCUUUCUCACCAGUGGAAGAAAGAAGAAAGUUGGAUUUUGACACCUUUUCAGAAGGUAGUUCCUUCAUAGGACCUGACAAGGAAAUGACAAGUUCCUCAAGUUCAUUGAGUCGGUCCACAGUAUCUCGGAGUCACAAGCAACAUGUUAGUCAAAACUCACUCUCACCAGUUACAGCAACUCCCAAGGGAAGUAGCUUGAUCAAAGCAGGAGACAUUUAUACUUCUAUCAUGUCCCAGACUCGGAUUAGCAGGGCUAGGACUAGGGGUAGGUCAAGGUCUGCAUCACCUGACAAAAGUCCACUGACUGUUGCGGCAAGCACAGGAUCUCGACUAACAUCACCGUCUCGAAGUCAAGGUACUCAUUCAAAGUCUUUUCAAAGAAGUCCAAGUCCAAAAACAAUCUUAUCUGGUGUAAGCCCAGGUCCCAGGCAAACAUCACCCAUUAGGAAUCAACAGAUAAGUCCUAAUAGAUCACAAUCUCCUCACAUAGGUCCACAAGAAAUAUCCUUUCAUAAUAGACCAAGUAGUCCAUCAAGAACUCUAUCCCCUCCUAGGAGUCCUGUAACACACUUUGUAAAUGCUAAACCUAGAGAUCUGUACAGAGCAACGUCUCCCUCUACCAUUGCAUCAAGGUUGACUCGUGAUCCUAGACCUAGAACUCUUGAUACACUGUUAUCCCCUCCCAGAAGCCCAAAUAGUAUAUCAUCCUUUAAAAGGCCUGGCAGUCCAACAAGACCGGUCUCACCUUCUAAGAGUCCUGUAACAACGCCAAUGAAUGAUAGACGUCCACAUUCACCCAGAGCCCUAUCUUCUUCUAAUGUUCCAAAAGAGAUGGUUCUGUCCAUAACUAGAAUUACAUCAAGAACUCUAUCUCCUCCUUUAGAUGUAGGGCUUACACUUGACCAAUCCUUGAAUGCAAGGCCUGUUUCACCAGAUAGAGGUACAAGAUCUCAUUUAAUGCCAGCCCUAAAAAGUCCUGGUUCUAGUAUAGGAUCUUCUCAAUUGUCAAAGGAGUCUAAGAAAUCUGUUACUUUCAUGUUAGGGAGUAUUGAUGGUCACAAAAUUGAUGAAGAAAACAAUAAAGAGGAAUUGAAAAGAGAUCUCUUCAUAAGUCCAAGUAGGAGGCCUGAAAGUAAUUUUUCGGGAUCUGUCCAUUUUGCCAACCAGGGUAAAGAUCUAUCAGCCACAAAGUUGUGGAAUGCUUCAUUGAAUAGAAAUAAUUCUAAUGCAAAUGAGGACAGUUACAUUCAUACGUCUGACCUGGUGCUCACUCCCCAAGAAAAUAGGUACUCUAAUUUGGUUGUUGGGAGGGAAAGGGAUAAUUCAUUGUCUCAUUCUGAAAGCUAUAAUAAAGAUAGAUCAAAGACAAAAAUGAUGCUGUUCAAAGAUGGAGACUGCAAAUCAGAAAAUUCAAAGUCUGAAUCGAAGACGAGACAUUCCCAAAGCUCGAAUGACAGAAUCCAAGGAAUUUCGUACAGUUUCUCAUUGCAUGAUGAUGGGUAUGUAGGUCCGAAUAAAGUAUCUCAAAGUACACACUCCCUGCACAGUUCUUUCCUCUCUUCUUCAAUUUCAUCCGAUGAAACACCACCACCUAACAUGGUUAAUCUAACCCAUGCUAAUCCUUGUCAGAAUGCAUCCCUUCCAGUUUCCCUUCCAGACUCACCUAACCCUACCCCGAGCACCACCUCUCCUCCUGCUACUAACACACCCCAGGGGUCUGUCCUGGAUCCUCCCCGGUCAUCGGACUCCAAUAUUUCCAUGGAGUCCCAACCAAAUCAACGUCAGAGUGGAGUAUUGCCUGACAUUUCACCUCAUCACGUUCACCACCUAUUAACCCCCGCCCCAGAACCAUCCCAACAUUUAUCAGAUCGGGAAAGGUCACAGCAGCAGAGGUCAAGGGUCGAGGUCAGUCAACCAGAGCAAGAGGUCAGAGGUCGUGUGGACUCUAAUCUCAAGUUUACCGAUGAAAGCGAUGCAUACUCAGCUUAUUCUUCCAAAGUCAACUUCACACCAAACCCUAAAGCUGGUACUAGAACAGACUCUUCAUCUUCGUAUGAUCUACACCCAGUGUCGGGCGUCGGGGAGACGUUUGAUGACCCUCCUCCAGUCCAAAGAAAUGUAAAACAGAAUGGAACAACCUCGGCUCCAGCAAUGAGUCCGAGUACCUUCUUAGACAGUCUCCUCAACCUUGUCGACAGAUAUUGGAAUGGCACGAAGUCUCUUCAUGCACAUUCCAAAUUCCAAGGUCAAGCCCUGCCACUCGUAGAGAAGCUUCUAGCAGACCAUUCCGCGACUAGCCAGGAACACAUGGAUAGACUUCAGCUUGAUGUAGCACGCUAUGCACAGGAGAAUGUAUCGCUACGCAGCAAACUAGGCUCUACUGUAGGGGCAAAGACCCAACAGGAUACACCAAUGGCAGGAUCAGAACUGCAGAGGGCGCUAGAUAAAUCACAAAGAGAUGUGGAUCGUCUGUGCCUUGAGCUACGGGAGGUUUCUGACGAGAACAGAGAGCUCCAGGUUCAGCUCCAGGAUGCGAGAAGACAGACUGAUGAUGGUCCAUCUUACAGAGACGUCAAAGGACAGGAAAAGCUUGAGCAAGAGAAUGAAAAGUUAAAGGUCCAGCUAAAACAUGUCUCCCAACUCCAAGAGCUGGCUACCAUGCUACAGGAAAGCCACAAAUCCUUAGUGACGACCAACGACCACCUCCUGAAAGAGUUGGAGGAGACCAAACAGCGGCACAUGGAAGAAGUGAAGCAGCUUCACUGGUCUUACAACCAGCUCAAGCAGACCAUGGACAUUACACUGCCAUCAUCCCACGCCCCACCCCAGUCAACCACCACUACCACCCAGGGCGGGGCUGUCAACGGGUACGACAAGAAGGAGGAAGGGAGCCUGUCGAUGCAACCUGGGUAUGGUAGCUACUCUCCGGGCAAGAAGGUGAAGGGGUUUAGCUACAGCAAUGGAAGUAUGUAUGAUUAGCUGAGGAGCUGUGGAAGUAAUGUUGCUGAAUUUGUGAUCUACUGUUGAUAAGAUACAGACAUAAACACAUUGGCCCGAAUUCACAAAGGUGGUUUUGAAAACCCACGGUUGAGUCCAUGGUUUAUGCAGAUUUCCAGUAUAAAUUACGCUUAUCUUACCGCGUAUGUUGAAAAAUGUCCAAUGCUGAUGCAUGCUUUGGUCACAGGGUGCCAAAUUGACGCCUGUUGCCGUGGUUAUCCAUGCUAUUUUAUUCAUGAGUCCACUGUUUUGAAUAAUGAGUCCACUCUUCAAAUAGUGGACUAAUGAAUAAAAUAGCGUAUCUAACCAUGGUAACAGGCGUCAAUUUGGCGCACUGACAAAAUCGCGCAUCAGCAUUGGAUAUUUUUUAUACACGCGCCCGAUUUAUACAGGAAAUCUGCAUAAACCAUGGACUUAGCCGUGGGUUUUAAAAACCACCUUUGUGAAUUCGGGCCAUAAAGUCCUCUUGUCAUUAUAAAAAUAGUUGCAAGAGUUGAUGAUGUUAGGCAUUGCUCAGUAUGGAAGUUCAACAUUUACUCAUAUAAAUCCUGAUAUUUGAGAAUGAUUGAACUGAAAAUAAAUCGCAGCAAAAAUUUGAUGGAAACAUAGUGACAAAAUAUAACCAGUCAAAGAGAAGUUAUAUCUCUUAUAUCAUUGUGAAAUCAUAUUUAAACAAGACACAAUUGAAGCAAUCUGAUUUCCUGGAAAAACAAAACCAAACAUUGAUGACGUAAUUGAGGAGGCAUUGUUAUGUAGUGGUUCUGACUCAUCUUUCAUUCAGAGGGGCUUGGUUUUGAAUCCUACCCCAGGCAAUAACUUCCUUCGGCAAGAAAUUCAUCUGUACUGUGCCGCACUCAACCCAGAUGUGGUAAUAAAUGAGGACUUGGCAGGAAUGUAUGUCUUGAAAUGCAGGGUGCUUAACAGCUGCUCUGCUAAAGCCAGUGUUAUGUUGCAUUAUUGUAUAAUUCUUAGAGACUUCUGAUUCUUGAAUCUUAGUUUCAUUGUCAUUCAAAGACAUAACAGAAGCAAAUUUCGAAAAAGGGAAAAAAUCUACCAAACCUGAUGAACUUAUAUGGUAGCCAAAUUGUGUAUACACUGACUAUGAUAAGAGUCCGGAACCAGAUAGAAUAGAAAGAUUUGUGUAGUUGUAAAUUUCAUAUUCUCUCAAAUAACCAUUUCAUAAAAAGUAAACAUUGCUAUUCCUUUUUCUCCAUGAUGAUGUUAAACUUGUUAGGUGCAUAAUACUUAAUCCAUGAUAUUUGAUGUAGAGUUGGGUUUGUUUUAGUUGCAUAAUGUAACUACACAUAUACCUUACAGGUUCGUGGUGUUAUGUACAAAAAUAUAUAUUGUAGAUGCAAAGAUAUACCCUAUCAAUUAAGGCUGAUAAUAAAUUAUGUAGUGCACGAAAAUCAUGUCAAGUUUGGAAAUUGAAAAUAUCACAUUUUGUAUAGAACCACGAUUUAGUCUAUGAGACACUGUUGUGAUGUGAUAUUAAUUACUUUUGCUGUGAACUUAGCACUAAGGCUGAAUGUAUAACAUAGUAAAAGAUUUGUAAAGUCAUUUAGUUCCAAGAUAUAUCAUACGCAAGUUUUAAUUUGUUGAAAAUUGCACCAUUUUGAAAAAAAUUGUAAUUUUGUCCAUCUGCAAAGCAUUAUUGAAAGGCUAAUAAUGCCAUUGGGUUGUGUAUGUAUUUAGAUUUAUUCAAUGCAGAUGUCAUCCUUUAUUGCAAAACACUGCCAUAUCUGUUUUUUGUAUAUUUUGAUUUUGGAGAAAGCAGGAAAAAUCUGUGAUUACCUUUAUAAGUGGGUAUCAUGUGGAAUCAGUGAUUGUAACCAGUAUUAAUAUAUAUAUUAUAAAAUGGGUAAAAAUUUCCUGCAAUGUGAUUGGUCAGUCUCAGUGCAUUUUAUUUUGCUUGGCAGAUGAUCAAUAUCAAAUAAUUUUUGCAAUAGCCUCUGUAAGCAUCUAUUGUGCUAGUAGGUCAUUGUGACAUUAUACAUGGAAACUGAUGAGCAGGAGUAUGGCAUUCUCGGUUGAAAAUCAAAUUACUCAGAAUCCAUCCUUCAAGACCCUCUAAAGUCGCCUGCUUUUUUUUCAUAUAUUAUGAGAAUGCCUUUGAAUAUGAUGGUAAAGCUAUUUUAAGUGCCAGUGACGCUUAGGAGGCAUCUAGUGCACAGACCUGGCUUGCAGCCAAAGUAGGGCCAUUAGCCAACAUUGGCAGUAGCAUCGCACAGGCUUUCGGAGCCAGGAGGCUGGCAGUCAUAGGUAAGCUCUAGCCUAAGCCCCUAGGCCAAGCAAGGAUGUAUCCUGUAUUAAAGGUAAUAGGCUAACAUAUUAAUAUGUGUAAUAUAUAGAUAGUGAUAUAGGCCAUGGUCACAAUUUCGUACAAGUUUUUUAAGCUAGCCAUGUAUUUUUCAGCAAAAAAAAAAUCCACCUUUCUAUGAAACUAAUGGUGCACAGGUUUGUUUGUGUGUUGGUAGAACUAGUGAGCAAUUGGGUAACUAUGGAAACUAGUCAAAACCCAUGAGGCACAUAACAAUACCAGGGUCCCGUUUCAUAAAGACUUGUUAUGAUUACAAAUUCUCCAUUUCUAUAACAAGUUUCCUAUCAGUCAAUCAAAACGAAGGAUUUCAGUAGCUUUAAACUGUUAUUGCAGAUUUGUUAUUAUAACAAGUUUUAAGAAACGGGGGCCCCAGUUUCGCAGAGGUGGUUUACAUUACACCAUGUGUAAGGUCCUGGAAGGACCAAGAUAAAAGUGGAUGGAGAUACAUGUAGAAGUGAAAUGGAAAGCCCGCAGGGCUCCACACUAACCCUUUUUUUCUACUGGUCCAACCAGUUCAUGUCGGAUCAGUAGAUACCCAGUUUUUCCAUUUUUUACUGGUCCGAACCUAAACUAUACUGGUACAUCAAAAUAAAGAAAACAUAAAAAAGACUUGAGUUUAUUUUGCUCUCUUUAUUUUAUUGCCCCGCCCCCCUCCCCCCCCCAAAAAAAAAAAAACAUACCACAAUCAGUACAGUCACACAAUAUAUUUCGCAAGCGCCAUUUCUCAAUUUUGGAGAGCCAUUCUUUAAGAUAACAGCCAUUUUUAAUUCACAAAAGAGGAGAAAAUAUCAUUUGUAUCAGUUUGAUAUAUUUUUUACUGGUCAUGUUGGACCAGUAAAUAUGGCUAUUUCUGAAAAGCUACUGGCCCGACAGCAAUUUUUACUGGUCUGGGACCGUCGGACCAGUGCCAGUGUCAUGCACUGGGAAAGGCCAGGAAGUGGAGGUUGGGAAGUAGAGUAUUCUUUUUGGAAUCAGUGUAGUCUUUAAAAGUACUGUAAUUCCAUUUUUUCCUUACGCUUACAAAAAAACACCUACCAAUGUUGUCAAGCCUGUGUAUCAUUUGUAAAUAGUUUCUAUAUAAAAUAGCACUAAAAGAAUAGAUAUAUGAAUGAAGAUUAUCAGUACUGUCGCAAGGCUUUUUGUGAUGUGGGUACUUGCAUGCAAUGAUUGUGAGAUGCGUAAAUUGUAGUUUACUGUCAUGCUGUAAGCAUGCAGGAUUUUAAUUUUAGAUUUGGUUUAAUUUGAGAGGCUUUAAUAGAAUAAAUGUAUUUAUUCAAUUCAUCAUUAUCUGAAUAUCUGCAACCAUCCAAGCAAAAAAUAUGCCCAUUAGUAUAGUAUUUUUUUUCAUAGUUUGUUGGGUCUUUUAAAUGUAAAGAACAUAAAAUUAUCUUGCCUUGUUUCUAUUCAUGGAAUGACAGCUAAUUUUUUAUCAUUGCAGAUGAUUGAUUUUUUUUUUUGGGGGGGGGGGAGGUUAAAAGCCUCUGAUCUGAUUUUUCACUGUUAGUAAAUCCUUCUAGUUUCAUAGAAUUAAUUGAUUGUAUGUAUACCUUUGAAAAGUAAUGUGACUAUUGAAUAGUAAUUACUAAUGUUUCUAUAUACAUAUGUUUGUGUGUACACUGAUAAUUUAUUUUAAGAUACACCUGUAUAUGAAACCUUGUGUGGUAUAUAUUGCACUUAGCUCUAAUUUCAUAGUAAAGAAGCAUGAGGAAUAAUUGCCAGUCUCACAUAUAAGCUUUUAUAACAUUAACAGCCUUAGAUAAUUAAAGAUCACUCGCCAUGUCCUUUGUUAUUCCAUGAAUAUAUCUUUUGCACGUGAUCAAAUUAUGCAAUAUUGUUUUGACUAAUUUCAAGAAUGUUUUUUUGUGAAUCAAAAUUCCUUUUUACAGUAUUUUUUUUUCUGAUGUGCCGUCCAUUUAUUUAAUUCAGGUUAACAUUAAUGACAUUCCUAACUGGUCAGUAUGAUUUUUUGCUACUAUAUUACCAUGGAAAUUAAGUUUGUGCUGAGAGUGUAAAAUAAACAUGAUGUAUCACAUGUA